GGUUUUUAUGUUUUUGGGUGACCAAUUUUGACUCUGUUGAUCACCAAGUAGCCACUCUGUUCUAUAUUCAAGAACCUUACAUCGUGGGGGAAGCUGGUUGCUGUUUGAAGCCCUUUCAUUAACCAAUGAAGCAAGCUCUGAUCUCAGCUUCUUCAGUUCUCAUUAACACCCAAAACCCUUUUUGCUCUUCCUUUAGACCCCAGCAUAACACCCAUAUAAUCCUCUCUUUUAAUCCCAAAACUUCCUUUUCAUUUCAAUACAAAAGUCCCAUUUUGAACCAAUCCAUGGCGCCAAGAAACACAAAAUCUAACAGAUGGUCACUCCAAGGCAUGACAGCAUUGGUAACUGGCGGCACACGUGGAGUUGGACGUGCCAUAGUGGAGGAAUUGGCAGGACUUGGAGCAAGAGUGUACACUUGUUCACGUAAUGAAAAUGAGCUUGACAAGUGCUUAGUAGAUUGGAAAAGUUUGGGUUUUGAGGUUUCUGGUUCUAUCUGCGAUGUGUCUAUGGGAGUAGAAAGAGAGAGGUUAAUGGAAAAUGUUUCAUCUUUGUUUGAUAGCAAGCUCAACAUCCUUAUUAAUAAUGUUGGGACUAAUAUAAGGAAACCAAUGGUAGAGUUCACAGCUGAAGAAGUUUCAACUCUUUUGGCAACCAAUUUUGAAUCUGUUUUCAACUUAUGCCAACUUGCUUAUCCACUUCUCAAAGCAUCAGGAGUAGGAAGUGUUGUAUUCACAUCCUCUGUGUCUGGAUUUGUUUCACUCAAGUCCAUGUCACUUCAAGGAGCAACUAAAGGAGCUAUCAAUCAACUUACAAGAAAUUUGGCUUGUGAGUGGGCAAAGGAUAAUAUAAGGAGUAAUGCUGUUGCACCUUGGUACAUUAGAACCUCCAUGGUGGAGCAAGUACUCAGCAACCAAGAAUAUUUAGAAGAGGUGUAUUCUCGAACUCCUCUACAGCGUCUUGGUGACCCAACUGAGGUUUCAUCCUUGGUGGCAUUCCUUUGCCUGCCUGCAUCAUCUUACAUAACUGGUCAGAUUAUCUGUGUUGAUGGCGGCAUGUCUGUAAAUGGUUUCUACCCCAAAAAUUACUAGAAACCUCCAGUUACUCAACCAUGUCUUGUUUGUCUCUCUCUCCUUUCCUAUUUUACAGCAAGCCAACCACUGUUAAAAUUAAAAAGUUUCAGAUUGUCCUGAUUUUCACUGGAUUUUGUUAGCUGUCCCCUGCUCAUUCUUUCAUAUUUGAACAAGAACUUCUCCCCUCCUAAAUUGUUUUUAUGCUAUAUAGUGGUUGGCUUUCCUCAGCUUAUCUUUUGUUUUUCUUUCAAUGGUCUGUGAUGAGAUGGGGCUGGCAGUAUUUCCUUCACUGUUCUCAUUUGGAUUAUAGUCAUUAUUCUCUAAUCACGAUGACAUGGCUGUGAGUUCUUUGAGAAUUCUGUCAUGGAAAUAGCUACUUUUGAUAUCUUGUUUAGCUCCAUUAGCCAGCCUGGAAAAGGAGAUACUUCCCAUGUUUGCAUUUGUGUCCUCGUUUAUUAACUGGCUCAUAGUUCUCUAGUUUUGUCUCCAUUUCUUGGUAUUGAACUCUUAUCUACCUACUCUCUCUCUCUUUCUCUCUUGCUAUCUAUUUCCCUGUACUUUGAGAUUUUACUGGUUUAUGAUUAACUGAUUGUAACUUUAGCAGUGUUUUUUGUAUACGGAGUAAUUUCUAUGGUGAUUGUGAAUAAAUUGAAGUGUGAAUAGCAUCAGUAGGAAACCGUCUUUCUUUUCA